UGCUGUGCCCCCACUUAUUCGGCCGUUACAUUCUUUGGUACGAGAGAGAGAGAGGGGACUAUUUUGAUGUGAAAAACCAGGUUCGCACAUACCCAAUCCUCAGACCUCACUACCAUUCAUCACCACCGCUUGCUGACAAAUUGCUAUCCAUUAUCACUCGGUUUUUUUUUUCUCCAAACCCUAAUCCUCACGGUUUAUAGUGUUCGCAUUCGCUGCAUCGUAUCUAGGGUUUCAUUACUCUACUGUAUUUGAUUUGGUAGCUGGACAUGUUAUUGUUUUGUUUGCGAGCAGCAUAAUGUGUUGAUCUAAGGGCAGGGGAUUUAUGAAUGGCGGAAUAUGUUGCUGUUCGUUCACACAUCAAGCUGCAUCCACCGCUGAAUUGUAUUAAAAUCCGUGUGCCAGCAAAGUUUAACACUGAAUUGCAGAGGAAGUGUUACUCUGGAGAUUGUAUAGCUACCUUGCUAUCACCAUUGAAAAUCCACAAGAUUGCUGCUCUUCGUGUCACAAGUAUAAGUUUAAGUCCUUCUCACAAGGAGAGUAUCCUUAGUUGUAAUUGCACAGGGACUUUGAUAGACCUUGAUGGUGCAACUUCUUCUGACUGGGUUCCUGUUGUUGAUCAAGUGCUUCUAAUGGCAAGUAUGUUCCUUACAUAUAUAGCUGGAGUAAUACCCGUCGAGAAUUCUCAUUUGAAAUCUCCAAAGAGCAUUUCCAAUGAUUAUAUGGUCCCCGAAGACGCAUCCUUUUUGGGUAGUGAUUUGAAGAGUGAUGAGAGAACGAAUCUCGAGUUGAUCUGGGAUGUGGUGAAAGGCAAACUUGUGGAUUCUAUUAGUGCUGUUCAACAUAAGGGUUAUUUGGUAAACAAAGCUACUGAAGUUGAACAGCACCAGGCAAAGAUACCUUUAAGUUUAUAUGCUGUUGCGGAGGGUCCUAGGUUUCGGUUGCUGUGGGCUUCUUUUCAGUGGCUCAAGAAAGAGGUGGAUGGUAUCUCCGAAAACUGUGCACCUGUAAGCACAGACGAUUGGUUGAUGGUUUUCUCUGAAAUUAUUCUGAAGUCUUGUCAACCUGUGUGCAUGGCUUGGCUGGAAGAGGAGCUUUUCUUGAAAAACAGAAAGCCUGACAAGGCACUUCUUUCUUCGAUGGAUGAGAAAUUAAAUGGAUAUUAUACCAUUCUGCAAAACAUUAGAAAGUCGGGCAAGGAGGACCUUUAUGCUGCAUUAAUUAGCGUUCUUAGAUUUGGUUCUCUCAGGAACGAUAGCUGUUAUGACUAUAGCUUGUUUACGAUGCAUGGGGUAUCCAUAUUAGAAGAUUUGGUGAUUAAAUUAGCAGAUGGGAUUGCAAGCAUGUAUUUGGAGCUUAUUUCUGUUGAUGGUAGCAUGUCGAAUGAAAUAAACAACAUUGGUUCGAGUUUGUGUACCUUGUCGACCCGAGCACUUCAGAAAUUACGAAAUGAGGUGGUGUUGAACCAGUGGUUGCAUCAGAACAUAGAGGCAGUUGUAUCAAUGUAUGAGGAUCGAUUUGACCUAUGCACACUUCAGAUCCAACUCAUUGAGCAACCUUCCAAAAGUGAGGCUGGAAAAAUCGGUUGGUGGAAGAAGCUUAGCCUGAGGAGAUAUGGACCUUUAUUAUCUCCGCUGCGUUACGCUGUGGUCAGCUACAUCUCAAUACCUGUAAAGCGGACCAAUGAACUAAGGGCCUUGUCUGGGUGGAGGUAUUACUUUAGUCUCUUACUUGAAUUGGCUGAUAUUACAAUGCCGUUGGUAAGAACUGUUUGCGCUAAAAUCAGCGACGCCAUCUCCUUCUUUCUGGUUUGCUUGAUAGGGCGAUCAUUAGGACUUAUCUUCACUGGUAUAAGGCAGUCUCUACGGUGGAAGUGAGACAAUAUAGUGCUUCUUUUUGUUUUUCACUGUGUUUUCUAUUCGAUCUUUUCUCUAUUAUUUGGACAUGACGUAGAUGAAAACAUCACAUGUAAAACAGUCGGAUUACAAUGGUCAUUGGACCCAAUGUCCUGUGAUUAGGUCAAUGGAUCGAAUUUGAUCCGAAUCUAAUUAGUUGAAUAUGAAUUUGA